AUGAUUGAGGAUGUUUAUGCGAAUGCAGAAGUGAUAGAAGACAACAGAUCUGAUUUCAGUGACAGUGAUCACUCAUAUGAGAAUGUUUGUGUGAAUCAGUACAAUCUGACCCAGGCAAACAAGAGACCCAGAAGAUUUAAACAUUUUGAGACGUCAGGUGGAGACACUGCAUGGAGCAGGUAUCAGAGACUGAUUGCACUCUGUAUGGUGCUGCUGUGUGUUCUCCUGCUGACUGUCAUCACAGUGCUGUGGAUCAAAUUCAGUAUGCUGAAUACCAGUUACAACAACCUGACUAUAGAGAGAGACCAGUUACAGACCAGUUACAACAACCUGACUACAGAUAAAAAACAGUUACAGUCCAGAUACAACACCCUGAUUACAGAUAACAACCAGUUACAGUACAGAUACGACACCCUGACUACAGAGAAGAGCCAGUUACAGUCCAGAUACGACACCCUGACUACAGAGAAGAGCCAGUUACAGUCCAGAUACGACACCGUGACUAAUGAGAAGAACCAGUUACAGUCCAGAUACGACACCGUGACUAAUGAGAAGAACCAGUUACAGUCCAGAUACGACACCGUGACUAAUGAGAGAAACCAGUUACAGACGGAGAGAGAUAAAUGCCAGAAAGGAAACACCCUGAACACAGAAUACAGCCAGUUACAGACCAGUUGCAACAACCUGACUAUAUGGAGAGACCAGUUACAGACCAGCCACAACAACCUGACUACAGAAAGAGAACAGUUACAGACCAGCCACAACAACCUGACUACAGAAAGAGAACAGCUUGAAACCCGUUACAGAACCAGUUAUAGAGAGAGAGACCAGUUAGAGACCAGUUACAACACUGGGGCUAUAGCGAGAGACCAGUUACAGACCAGAUACAACAUACUGAUUACAGAGAGAGAUCAGUUACAGGUCAAAUUCAACAACCUGAAGACAGAAAACAGUCAGUUACAGACUAAACUAAACAACCUGACUGUAGAGAGAGACCAGUUACAGAACAGUUACAACAUAGCGACCUUCAAAGAUACAUACAUUAACCUGGGAUGGAGAGGCUUUAACUCCAGUCUCUACUACAUCUCUACUGAAAAUAAGGACUGGGAAAAGAGCAGACAGGACUGCAGAGAGAGAGGAGCAGACCUGGCAGUGGUAAACAGCAAAGGGGAACAGGAGUUCAUCAAUAAACUGCUAUGCAUCAGAGUAGCUUGGAUUGGUCUGAGUGACAUAGACAAAGAGGGCGAGUGGAAGUGGGUGGACGAUACAACACCGAGCACUAGGUUUUGGGGACGUGGAGAACCGAACAGUUAUGCAGGAGAUGAGGAUUGUGCUACAACAGGUUAUAUGACUGAUCCCAUCUGGAACUGGGCUGAUUAUCCCUGUAAUAGUGAGUUUAUGUGGAUUUGUGAGAAGGCAAUCUCAAAGUGAAUUGCUUUAUGUGAACGGAAAGCAGGAAUUUGAUUGUACAUAUCUGAAUGUAUUUGUGUAGGUCAGUGUGUUGUGUCUGAAAAAUCCUUAUUACUGUUAAUAACUCUGUAACCAGUGGUGUUACCUGUUUUUUUCUUUUAUCUGCCAGUUAAGUAAGGUGGGUUAACUAGUUACCUUGUUUAUUACCUAUUACAACUACAGGUCUUACUUCUCUCACUUUGAUCUCUCCUUAAUGCAUCCAUGUUUCAUACAAAGGGGUUAAUAAGUGAAAAUAAAAUCAUCAGUAUAUAAAAAAAAAAAAAAAAAAAAAAAAACAACAACAACUUUAUUUAGGUUGCAAUGUCGAUAUUUGGAAUAAUGCGUGUGUGUGUGUGUGUGUGUGUGUGUGUUUGCCCGUUUUCCACUAUUGUUAUUAUUGUUCCACUUAUUGCUUUGAUGUAAUGAUGCCUAUAUUAAGUGCCACGACUAUAAAGAUAGAUUUAGUUUUAGCUCCAGACAAAGAAGCUAAAAGUUGAUUCCAGUGAGGCCAGAUUCAAUUUAAAUGCUCAAUAAAAAUUAUCAGCUUCAGCUGGAAGGCCUGGGCAAGUGUGAGUUAUUAAAAAGGCCUACACAAC